GCCUCAGCAGAGUACAACCUCGACAGGGAUGUCCUUCCUGCUCAUCCGGUCGUGCUCAGUCAUCGUUACUAACGUGUGUCUCAUCCUCACAUUGCAGUACUAGACUCAAUGACUGUCCACUCAAUCCUCGACAGAUUGUGGGUGUCGCCUGUCGCGGAGUACACUGUUCAGGCUGGCUCAUAUGCAAUCCAUGUCCGUGCACCAGGGACUCUAGCGGAGUGAAUAACACAAACUUUAUCGGUACCAGUGCCAUCAGCUAAGCGCCUUGAUAGGUAUCAGGCCGCCAACCCUGCGGGCUAGUAUUGGAGUCCCUGUGUCUAGGAUCUACCGGAGGAUGCCGAUCAAGGGCUCGUUCUAGAUGAGAAGGGCUCACAGUUGGGCCGUCAGCAUCACGUACACCCAGUUACCUCGUUCCGCAUGGGCCUUCCACUAUGACUAGUCAUAGGCGCCAGCACUGUGCCAGGAAUCCUUGCAUUAUUGCCUACGCAGCUGGUCCUCACGACCGACAAGUCUGGGCCGGUGGUGCAUGUUGUAUUGCCAAGGUCUGGGGGCUGAAGUUCCGUGCGUUUUUGAGUUCGAAUACAACCGGAUGCUAUUACUAUGAUCCAUACUAGUACUAUGCAUGCAGUGCAUUACACGGGCCACUGCCAGUCACAUACAGAUCCGAGCAUGACAGCCCAAGCUGAGAGGCAGUUGAACGGUGCUCGGAUGUUGGGAUGUUGUUGUUUCCAGAAUCGUGCGAGAGCGGCCGACACUCCCUCGCGGCUAGACUUUGGUCCGUCUUCACCAUAGUCGUUUUUGUUUAUUUCUCUCCUUUAUCUAUCCUACUCCUGGCUGCUUACUAGGUAGGUACUUGAAGUGAAAACCGUCGCCUUCCAUAUGCACAUGGUCUCGUACCUAUAAGUCCUUUAGCGUCGACGCCAUGGCUUCGGGACACGACGAGAAUACUCGUCCGCUGACGCCGGAGGAGCGCCUUGAGCGGGAAAUCUCGACCAGCAGUUCUGAAGGGCCACGCUUCGAACCGAUCCGGACCAGGAGGACGCGUGAUUCGAUGGAUUAUCACUUCGACGAUGGCGGCGAAGAUACGCGCAGUGAGCUUGCCAGAAUUGCCUCUGUCUUAUCAGGAGCACAACCGAGUCGCACAAGCACAAAUACCGGCCUGAAAAGACAGGAUACUGUCGCUGGUAUGGGCAUUGAAUCUCCGGAAUUUGACCCCAAUCAUCCGUCUUUCAAUUUCUUCCUUUGGAUUCGGAAGUUUGUGCAACUCCUUGAAGAGCGCAACAUUAAACGGCGAAGGAGCGGAUUCACCUUCCGCAACCUGACCGUCUCGGGAAAAGGGUCGGCUCUGGUCCUUCAGCAAACAGUUGGCUCCAUCUUCAUGCAACCGUUCCGUUUUCGCGAGAUGUUCAGGCAUCCCCCGGAGAAACAGAUUUUGCGUCAGUUCAAUGGUAAUGUCAACAGUGGUGAACUGUUGAUCGUCCUGGGAAGGCCGGGCAGUGGCUGCUCGACAUUUCUCAAGAGUAUUUGUGGAGAACUCCAAGGUUUGCAAAUAUCAAAGGACUCAAGCAUCACGUACAGUGGCAUACCACAGGAUGUGUUUCUCAAAGAAUUCAAGGGCGAAGCCAUCUACAACCAGGAGAACGAGAAGCACUUUCCUCAUUUGACGGUUGGGGAGACACUCAACUUCGCUGCAGCCUGCCGGACUGCGUCAAAUCGUGUUCUAGACGUCCCUCGAAAGGUUUGGGCCGAGUACAUGGCUUCCGUCAUGAUGAACAUUUUUGGUUUAUCCCACACCCGCAAUACCAAAGUUGGAGACGACUUUGUUCGUGGCGUCAGCGGUGGUGAACGAAAACGUGUCAGUCUUGCCGAAAUGGCGCUUGCGGGACCGCCUAUCGCAGCAUGGGACAACUCGACCCGCGGUCUAGACUCGCAAACGGCCCUCGAGUUUAUACGUUCUUUGAGAAUCGCCGCCGACAUCGGUGGUCUCACGUCACUCAUUGCCAUCUACCAGGCUUCACAGGCCAUCUACGACUUGUGUGAUAAGGCCAUCGUGCUGUAUGAAGGAAGGCAGAUCUACUUUGGUCCCACCGAAGAUGCACGAGCCUACUUUGAGGAAAUGGGCUGGUAUUGUCCUCCCAGACAGACCACUGGUGAUUUUUUGACAUCGGUCACCAACCCGAGUGAAAGAAGACCUAAGCAGGGGUACGAAAGCAAAGUGCCUCGAACCGCCGAUGACUUUGAAAGAUACUGGCUUGCCAGCGAACAGUUCAAGUACUGUCAACAGGAAGCCAACAAUGCAGAGGAAGUGCAUGCGGGCGGCAAAGAAGCCCUCGCAACGUUUCGAGAGGCGCACAAAGAUAUGCAGGCCGAACAUACUCGUCCUGGCUCUCCCUACGUGAUCAGCAUCCCCAUGCAAAUACGCUUAUGCACCACCCGGGCAUAUCAGAGGUUGUGGAAUGAUAAAGCAUCCACUAUCGCUGUCAUUUUUAGUCAAAUUGCACAAGCCCUCAUCAUCGGCUCCGUCUUCUAUGGCACUCCUCUGUCCACGGGCAGCUUCUUUGCAAAAGGAUCCGUCCUGUUUUUUGCGGUGCUCCUGAGUGCCUUGCAAUCAAUUGUUGAGAUCAACACCUUAUACGCCCAACGACCGAUUGUCGCCAAACACAAGUCUUAUGCCUUCUACCAUCCAUUUACCGAGGCCGUUGCAGGAAUCGUAGCUGAUUUACCGAUCAAAUUCUGUGUCACGACAGUGUUCAACAUCAUUCUCUACUUUCUGGCAGGCCUCAGGAGGGAACCUUCUCAAUUCUUUAUCUUCUUCCUGUUCAACUUUAUGGCAAUGUUGACCAUGUCGGCUAUUUUUCGAUGUACGGCCGCUGUCACCAAGACCAUUUCGGCAGCUCUGGCGAUAGCUGGCAUUAUGGUUCUGUGGAUUGUCAUCUACACGGGGUUCACCAUUCAGUAUUCCUAUAUGCAUCCCUGGUUCAAAUGGUCCAGAUGGUUGAACCCAGUAUCAUAUGCCUUUGAGAGUCUUGUUGUCAACGAAGUCCAUGGCCGGGAAUUUCCAUGUGCCGCAACCAGCCUUGUCCCGCCAUACGGCCCGGGCCAGGGUGGCAACUUUCAGUGCGCAGUCGCUGGAGCGGUGCCGGGCGAGAUCAAUGUGUCAGGCGAUGCAUGGGUGCAAUCGUCUUAUGGAUACUCGUACAGCCACAUUUGGCGCAACCUGGGCUUCCUCUUUGCCUUUAUGAUCUUCUUUUUCGCUGUCUACUUCAUUGCUACCGAGCUGAAUUCGGACUCGACUUCGACCGCCGAGUUUCUGGUUUUCCGCCGAGGCCACGUUCCAUCCUAUUUGCUCCACGGGGGUCGCAAAGACGAAGAAGCAGCAGGUACGGAUGAGAAGGGGACCAAUGCCGCCGCCGACACUGUCCAGGCCAAGCAAGAAGAAGAGGUCAAGGCUCUACCAGCACAAAAGGAUAUAUUCACUUGGCGAAAUGUCACCCUUGACAUCAAAAUCAAAGGGGAGCCCCGAAGGCUACUUGACGGCAUAUCCGGGUGGGUCAAACCAGGCACUCUCACGGCUCUUAUGGGGACAUCAGGAGCAGGCAAAACCACCCUGCUGGAUGCACUGGCCCAGAGGAUCAGCAUUGGUGUGCUGACAGGUGACAUGCUGGUGAAUGGCAAGCCGUUGGAUCCUUCCUUUCAACGAAAGACUGGCUAUGUUCAGCAACAAGAUCUGCACCUGGAGACCACCACUGUACGUGAAGCUCUGCGGUUCUCUGCGUACCUUCGGCAACCCAAGACGGUCUCCAGGAAGGAGAAAGAAGAUUUUGUUGAGGAAGUCAUCAAGAUGUUGAACAUGGAAGAUUUCAGCGAGGCUAUCGUGGGCAACCCUGGAGAAGGUCUCAACGUCGAGCAACGCAAACUCCUCACGAUUGGUGUUGAACUGGCAGCAAAACCGGCGUUGCUGAUCUUCCUGGAUGAGCCAACCUCCGGUCUCGACUCUCAGAGUUCUUGGUCCAUUGUGACCUUUCUCCGCAAGCUCGCCAAUGCUGGACAAGCUGUACUGUGCACUAUACAUCAACCAUCGGCCAUUCUAUUCCAAGAGUUUGAUAGGCUGUUGUUUUUGAUGAAGGGCGGCAAGACAAUAUAUUUUGGUGAUAUCGGUCCCAACUCGAGAACCAUGCUCGAUUAUUUCGAGAGGAAUGGAGCCCCCAGGUGCGACGACGACGCCAAUCCGGCCGAGUAUAUGCUUGAUAUAUGCGGCAAGGCUGCGGAUCGCGAUUGGAGUGAAGUCUGGAAGUCGACUCCGGAAGCAAAGGAAGUCCAGGCAGAACUGGAUCGGAUUCAUGAAGAGAAACGGUCCGAGCCACCGGCGGCUCAGGAGUCGGCUUCGCAGUUCGCGAUGCCUUUGACAUAUCAGAUCUAUCAUGUUACGGUCAGAGUGUUCCAGCAAUACUGGAGGACGCCAUCGUACAUCAGUGGCAAGUUCUUGUUGGGCAUUAUGGCCGCGCUCUUUAUCGGAUUUUCGUUCUACAAGCAAAACACGACAUCGGCAGGCCUUCAAAACACCAUAUUCGGCAUUUUCAUGCUUGUCACCAUCUUUUCAACACUUGUACAGCAGAUCAUGCCUCGCUUUGUGAUCCAACGAUCGCUCUACGAAGUCCGAGAGCGACCAUCCAAAGCAUACUCAUGGAUUGCAUUCCUGGUGGCCAACAUCUUCGUCGAGAUACCGUAUCAAAUCGUGCUGGCCGUGCUGAUGUGGAUCUCAUGGUAUUUUGCCAUUUUCGGCAAGAACCAGAGCGGACAAACUCGAGGAUUGAUGUUGUUGUUUGUGGUGCAGUUCAUGCUGUUCACCAGCACUUUUGCCCACAUGAUUAUUGCGGCAAUGCCAGAUGCAGAGACGGCAGGCAACAUCGCCACGCUUUUGUUCAGUCUAAUGCUCACUUUCAACGGUGUGCUCCAGACGCCCAAAGCCCUGCCUGGCUUUUGGAUAUUCAUGUACCGGGUCUCACCCAUGACAUACAUGGUGUCGGGAUGGGCUUCGACCGGUCUCCACGGCAGGCUGGUCAAUUGCGCCCGCAACGAACUUGCCGUCUUCGAUCCUCCCUCCGGCCAGACCUGUCAGCAGUACCUGGCCGAGUACCUCAAAGCUGGAGCGCCCGGUCGCCUUUACAAUCCCUCGGCCACUAGCGCAUGCGAGUACUGUCCAUUGACCUCGGCGGACCAGUUUCUCGCCGGCAGCAACAUUUAUUACAAUGAGCGCUGGCGCAACUUUGGGAUUGGCUUUGCGUAUAUUGUGUUCAAUAUCUUCGCCUGUAUCAUGCUGUACUACCUCUUCCGCGUCCGACGUUUCAGCCUCCUCAGUCUCGCCAAAGGUCCCGCCCACGUCGUGGACCUGGUUCUCAACAAAGGGCUGAGACGUCUUUUCGCCCGCCAUGCCGAGCCGACUCCACCGGGCAAGGAGGCUGAUUUGCACAGAGCUUUCUAGAUCGAUCGCGGCGACCAGGACUUUCUUUACCUAAAGGGUGAAGAGUGAAGAGCUCAGGGUGGUAGUACCGCCCGCUCAUGCCACAUUUGGCUGCUGCGGAUGUUUGAGGGACAAAAGUAAGAGUGACGAGAUACAUACAGCUAGCCUUGAAAAGGGCCCGUUGCCCACGGGCACAAACAAAGUCACUACGUACUGGAUGCGCUGGUUUAUAGGAGGCUUAUUAUUUACUCACCACACUGCAGACAUAUGUACACCUCUCUCCCCUGCGGCACAGUAUAUAUGACAUAGGUAUCUACCUAGCAUGACAUCAAAUCCUGUGUCUUGCCUCGUUCUGUCUUUUGCAAUAAACCCCCAAAAUCUAUUUUUGACACGACAGUUUCCAGGGGUAUGUAACCGAGUUUGAUGGUAAGUACCUAAGUAGUAUCGAUCUAAAUGAAUAUCAUUGAUUUCAGGCCG